GAGAGAGUGACUUGAUGUGUAAAAGAGAGAGAGAGAGAGAGACUUGAGUAUAAAAGAGAAGAAGAAAGAAGAGAAGAAGAAAGAAGAAGAUGUUUGGUGAAAGGGUAGUUAGCGUGCUGACCCUGACUGCAGUGCUGUGUGCGGGCGUGUGCUCCCCAGCUCCUCCUGCUCCUCCUGCUCCUCUUCUUCUACCUGCUGGAGACUACGGAGUCAAACUGUGUGGGCGACAAUUCAUCAGAGCUGUCAUCUUCACCUGUGGAGGAUCUCGCUGGAGGAGGACCUUUGAAGAAGUCCAGUGGAGAGACAAGAGUGCAGCAAGCAGCCUGGAGGACAUCUUCUACCUGCUGGGGGUCCAAGCAGCCCAGGAGGAACACCACCCUGCUGCUCAGAGGAGGAGGAGGAGGAGCCACAUCUCCCUGGGCGUUGCAGGCUUCUGCUGCAGCCAAGGAUGCACCAAGAACGACAUCGGACGAUUGUGUUGA